AUGUGGCAGAGGGCGACAGAUGGGGACGCCGGCGGGGCCGGGGGGGCUCGGCGUGGGGGGCCCAUCUGGCCCCCCCUCAGCGGCUCCAACGUUCCCGGUGUUCCCGGCAUUUCCAUACAGCUGGAGCCGCCCGCGGGGCUUUCCCUGAACGAGCCCACCAUCGACUACGGGUUCCAGCGGCUGCAGAAGGUGAUCCCCCGACACCCCGGGGACCCCGAGCGCCUGCCCAAGGAGGUGCUGCUGAAGCGGGCGGCCGACCUGGUGGAGGCGCUUUAUGGGAUGCCCCACAGCAACCAGGAGGUGCUGCUGAAGCGCGCUGCCGACAUCGCCGAGGCUCUGUACAGCGUCCCCCGCGCCCCCGGCCCGCUGCCCCCCGCCCCCGUGGGGGUCCCGACCUUCGGGGGGGCCCAGCUGGGGCUGCCCGUGCCCGAGUCCCCGCAGGGCUCCGACCAAGGGUUCUCGCGCAGCCCCGGCACCCCCCCGGCGCGGGGGUUCGGCCCCCCCGGCUCGGCCCCCCAGCAGGGCUAUGCCGGGGGCACCGGCGCCUUCGGGGGGGGCACCAUGGCCGGGCUGGGGGUGCCCGGGUCCCCCCCCAGCUUCCUGAGCGGCUCCACCGCCACCUCCCCCUACGCCAUCAUGCCGGCCAGUCCCCCCCUGGGCGCGUCGUCGGUGUCCGUCCCCGCGGGCCCCCCCGCGCCCACCCCCCCGGGGGGUUUCUCCUUCUCGCCGGUGACGAUGAUCUCGGCGGCCGUGAAGCAGAAAAGCGCCUUCGCCCCCGUGGUGCGCCCGCCCGGCUCCCCGCCCCCCGCCUGUGCCAGCGCCGCCGCCCUGCAAGACCCUCCGUUCGAGGACUCCGACAAGUUCCCGGCUCCGGCGCGGCCGCUCCAGGGAUUGGCCUAUUCCUAAGCACGCCGGGCCCGGCCCCCUCGAGCCGCCCUGGGAGCCGGGACGGCACCGGAGCCGCCACACGGAGCGGGACGGGGGGACCCCCACCCCAAAGGGGACCCCCA